AUGGCUAUGCAGGUGCAGCUUGAAGCAAAUGCAGAUACUUCAGUGGAAGAAGAGAGCUUUGGCCCACAACCUAUUUCUCGAUUACAGCAAUGUGGCAUACAUGCUAAUGAUGUGAAGAAAUUGGAAGAAGCUGGAUUCCAUACUGUGGAGGCUGUUGCCUAUGCACCAAAGAAGGAGCUAAUAAAUAUUAAGAGAAUUAGUGAAGCCAAAGCUGAUAAAAUUCUGAGGCAGCGGUCUGAGAUCAUACAGAUUACUUCUGGCUCCAAAGAGCCUGACAAACUACUUCAAGGAGGAAUUGAGACUGGAUCCAUCACAGACAUGUUUGGAGAAUUCCGAACUGGGAAGACCCAGAUCUGUCAUACGUUGGCUGUAACAUGCCAGCUUCCCAUUGACCGAGGUGGAGGUGAAGGAAAGGCCAUGUACAUUGACACCGAGGGUACCUUUAGGCCAGAACGGCUGCUAGCAGUGGCUGAGAGAUAUGGCCUCUCUGGCAGUGAUGUCCUGGAUAAUGUAGCAUAUGCUCGAGGGUUCAACACAGACCACCAGACCCAGCUCCUUUAUCAAGCAUCAGCCAUGAUGGUAGAGUCCACGUAUGCACUGCUAAUUGUAGACAGCGCCACCGCCCUCUACAGAACAGACUAUUCGGGUCGAGGUGAGCUUUCAGCCAGGCAGAUGCACUUGGCCAGGUUUCUGCGGAUGCUUCUGCGACUUGCUGAUGAGUUUGGUGUAGCAGUGGUAGCCCAAGUGGAUGGAGCAGCCAUGUUUGCUGCAGAUCCUAAAAAACCUAUUGGAGGAAAUAUCAUUGCUUAUGCCUCAACGACAAGGCUGAGAAAAGGAAGAGGGGAAACGAGAAUCUGCAGAAUCUAUGACUCUCCUUGUCUUCCUGAAGCUGAAGCUAUGUUUGCCAUCAAUGCGGAUGGAGUAGAUGCCAAGGACUGA